CGAGUGCCCUCAAAUUGUGGAAGUAGAAAGAAGAAUGGUCCAAAGAGGCAGGCAGUAAGCAGAAGAACUGAAAAGAAGCUCCGCUAUGCCCAGCUGUCCCCAAACAGAACAGAUCUCUUUCUUUCCAUCUAUCUGUGGAGUGUGAAGGUUCUCCGUCGUCCCUCUCCACUCUCCUGCAGAAUAAUCCCUUCCCAUCGCCCGGAAUCGCCUCUGCCAGCUUCUUGUUAACGGUUAACCACAACUCGAGUCCUUGCUCCGUCUGCUGUGCAUCUAAAAAGUUCCACUCCGAAUUAUCCCUGUGUGUAUCCCCGUGUGCCCGAGGCCCUCUGACCUCAUAUCCGAUCAACCAUACGCCUCGUUACUACACGUUCCUGAGGUGUAUCUUAGUGUCUGCAACACGAUUUCUCUCCCGUGAUUUCUGCAAUGCACCGCGUAGCGAGUGUAGGUAAUACUUCCAACUCAAGUAGGCCUCGGAAGGAGAAGAGGCUGACUUAUGUACUGAAUGAUGCAGAUGAUACUAAGCACUGUGCUGGUGUCAAUUGCUUGGCAGUAUCAAACUCAGCUGUUACUGAUAAGCAUGACUACAUAUUUACUGGGAGUCGUGAUGGCACAUUAAAAAGAUGGACUUUGGCUGAAGAUGGUGCCACGUGCUCUGCAACGUUUGAGUCCCAUGUUGAUUGGGUAAAUGAUGCUGUUCUAACAGGUGGUAACACAUUAGUGUCAUGCUCCUCGGACACUACAGUCAAGGUAUGGAAUAGCUUGUCUGAUGGGACUUGUGCUGGGACACUUCGUCAGCAUUCUGAUUAUGUCACAUGCCUUGCUGCAGCAGAAGAAAAUAAAAACAUUUUCGCCUCUGCUGGCCUUGGUGGAGAAGUUUUUGUAUGGGAUCUUGAAGCAGCACUCGCUCCCAUCUCUAAGAUGAUUGAUGGCAAUGAAGAUGAAUGUUCUAAUGGUGUCACGAGUUCAGGAAUUUCGUUACCCGUUACAAGUCUCCGACCUACUAGCUCAAGCAACAAUAUUUCAUCACAUACUACUCAGUCCCAAGGGUAUGUUCCUACUGCUGCAAAAGGGCACAAGGAGUCAGUUUAUGCAUUAGCUAUGAAUGAGACAGGGACUCUACUUGUGUCUGGUGGAACUGAGAAGGUUAUACGUGUUUGGGAUCCAAGGACGGGAUCAAAGACUAUGAAACUAAGAGGGCAUACUGAUAAUAUUAGAGCACUGCUUCUGGAUUCUACUGGCAGGUUCUGCCUAUCAGGAUCAUCCGAUUCAAUGAUCAGACUAUGGGAUCUUGGCCAACAGAGAUGUGUGCAUUCCUAUGCUGUGCACACAGAUUCUGUUUGGGCACUUGCUAGCACUCCAACAUUUAGUCACGUCUACAGUGGUGGAAGAGACCUAUCUUUAUACUUGACAGACCUGGCAACACGAGAGAGUGUACUACUUUAUACAAAGGAACACCCAAUCGUGCAAUUGGCAUUGCAUGAUGAUGGUAUCUGGGUUGCAACAACUGAUUCUUCUGUACAUAGAUGGCCAGCAGAAGUGCACAAUCCUCUGAAAGUUUUUCAAAUAGGAGGUUCAUUCUUGGCGGGAAAUUUGUCAUUUUCUAGGGCAAGGAUUUCGUUGGAGGGAUCAACACCUGUGCCUGUUUAUAGAGAACCGUCAUGUAGUAUCCCUGGGACUCCAGGAAUAGUUAAGCAUGAAAUUCUAAACAACAGAAGACAUGUCCUUACAAAGGAUACUGCUGGCGCUGUGAAAUUGUGGGAAAUCACCAGGGGCACUGUGAUUGAAAAUUUUGGUGAGGUUUCGUUCGAGAAGAAGAAAGAAGAACUUUUUGAGAUGGUAAGCAUACCUGCGUGGUUUACCGUGGAUACGAGACUUGGAAGCUUGUCUGUACAUUUGGAUACACCACAAUGCUUCUCUGCUGAGAUGUACUCUGUGGACCUUAACAUUGCUGGGAAGCCCGAGGAUGACAAAAUUAACUUGGCGCGGGAAACCCUUAAAGGUCUUUUGGUUCAUUGGUUAACCAAAAGAAAGCAGAGAUUUGGAUCCACAGUGUCAGGAAAUGGGGAAGUCCUGCCUGGGAAAGACAUCUCUACUAGGAAUUUAGCUGUAUCAAGAGUUGAGGCAGAUAGUAACACAGAUAAUGAUUCUGUUGUUUAUCCACCGUUUGAGUUUUCAGCACUUUCCCCUCCAUCUAUCAUUACGGAGGGCUCUCAAGGCGGGCCAUGGAGAAAGAAAAUUACAGACUUAGAUGGAAUGACAGAUGAGAAGGACUUCCCAUGGUGGGUCCUGGACUGUGUGUUGAACAAUCGCCUUCCUCCGAGGGAAAAUACCAAAUGCAGCUUUUAUUUGCAUCCAUGUGAGGGUUCUAGUGUUCAAAUACAUACUCAAGGAAAACUGAGUGCCCCACGUAUCUUGAGAGUUCAUAAGGUAAUCAACUAUGUCAUUGAAAAGAUAGUUCUCGAUAAGCCGCAACUGGAUAGCUUGAAUUCAGAUGGAACUUUUGUUUCUGGAGGAUCUGGCCCAGCUGUUGGAGGAGAUGUUGCCUUCAGGGCAGGCCUUAAGCCUUUUCAAAAGCUUAAGCCUUGUAUUGAGAUAUUGUGCAGCAACCAGGUAUUAUCUCCUGACAUGAGCUUAGCCACAGUUCGGGCUUAUAUAUGGAAGAAACCUGAAGACCUUGUUCUCAAUUAUCGGAUAGCUCCAAGCAGGUGACUCAGGGUACUCUGGUCUCAGGUGAAAUCAGAAGGCAGCAUCGUAUAAUGUGGAACAAGUAUGAUGCUUUUGGAAGAAAAGUGCAGUUAUAAUGAUAAAAGUGCGGAUAUGGAAGUUUAGAAAGUGUAAUAUAUAGUAGUGCAAUUUUUAUAAAUUUGGUAUGCACAUGAUAAAAGUGCAUUUUAUUUUGUAAAAGAGUGGCAAUAUAGUUAUGCAUGAAGCGUAAUAUAAUAAUGCAUUUUUGUAUAUGUCUAAAAUUUACGCCUGAAUAUUUAUAUCCAUUUUUAAAACAUGUAUGGAUGUGCACAACAUGUGUAGAGUGUAGAUUCAAAAGUCCA